UUUCAUCUCUGCACUUGUCUUCUUCAUCGAUAUUACGACUUGCUGCAGUUAAUCGAUGUAUGAUCACUAUCAUUGAGCGCCAUGGAAUCAGAGUAUUGGAUCCCUGAACGUUCACCUCAAAAGAAACCUCUUGUUGGGAUGAUAUUUGUGAAUCUAGAUGCUGCCUUUAAGUUUUACAAAGACUAUGCAUCUGAGUUGGGGCUUUCUAUUCGUCAUCAUACAUCAAAGAAGACCAGAGAUGGGCAUAUUUUGAUGAAGUAUAUUGUAUGCAGUAUAGCUGGUUUUAAGAAUAAUGCUUGUCCUCCUGUUUCGGAUACCAAUGUUGCCGGUUUUGAAGGUUGCCCAACAAAUAGGAAAAGAGUGUCUAAUACGACGGAUACCAAUGAGAUGGUUCUGGUUUUGGUGUGCCAUCUGAAGUCAAUGUUCAUCCCCCACAGCAGGCCAAAAAUAAGGGGCCUGGACGUAGGCUGAGGUCUUCCAAGGAAGUUUCAAUGGAAGAAUCACAACGCCCCAAAAGGUUUUGUAGAUCGUGCAAUGAGAUGGGGCAUCACGAUAGUAGGAAUUGGCCUUUGAAUAAAUAGGCUUGCAUAAAGUUAAAGUAUAUGUUUGCAAUUUUUGUUGUUUGACAUUACAAUGACAACUGUCUGUUGGAAAUUAAUAUAGUUUUAUGUUAUUGGUUU